UGAAACUGUACAAAUAAACAGAUGGGCUAGUGGAGGUAAAACGUACACUAGUUCUGAAAUGCAAUGGAACAGAAGAAGAACACAUGCCAAUGCUUAAAUGCAUCUCUGUCUAAGUGACAGCUUUUUUCAUUCGUUACCUUUUCGUACCUUAGUAAGUCUAAUUGAGAUAAAAGUCAUUUUUCAGAGCCCUGGCCAAGAGGGCAGCAUAAUAACGUUGUUACAAUAAUAAAACAUAAACAGCCUAAUAACCUACCUCUGUCACACAAAGGGUAGGAAUGAGUAGUUAACAGGCAUAAACCUGGGAUACAUUGGAUUAAAAAGCAAAAGCGAUUUAAAUGGUUACAUUAAAAUGUAGCACAAUAACUGGACUCAUGGUAGCACACAUACUCAAAACCUUUUGUUUCUUAAACACAUGUAGCCAUUUUUGAUGUUGACAUCUGGAUGUGUUCUGUGCCCCAGAUACCCAACUAAGCAGGUGUAGGUGUGCACCAUCAUUUUAUUUGUAUUGUACAGUAGUACAAGUACUCAGAGCUUUUACAUAAGCAGAAGCAGCAAUACCACAGUGCAAUUCAACUUUUACUUAAGUAAAAGUAUAAAAGUAGUACCAAAUAUACUUAAAAGUAACAAUAGCGAAUGGUGUCUUUAAGCAGUGAUUUAUGUCAGAAUAACAUAUUACUGUGUACAUCACUAUAACAUUGGUAAAGGUAGGGCAGACUUUAAUGGGCCCUUGUUUCUGCUGCCCAGUAAGUGAGUUCAUACAGUGUAAAGCAGCUUUUGUGUAAAGGAAAGGAGAUUUGUUUCUAGGAAGGAAUUUAAAUUUUGUACCUUAACUUUCCAAUUUGAUUUUUGGUCAGCUUAGAUAGAUAGAUAGAUAGAUAGAUAGAUAGAAAUACUUUAUUAAUCCCAAUCUGGGAAAUUGCAUUGUUUCAGCAGCAGUUCACACUCAAUAUCAAGCACACAUACCAAUACCAGCUUUGAGAGAAACAGCCAUAAAUGACUGCCCGUUUAAAGACUCUAGAUAUAAAUUAUAGACUAAAUGAACAAUAUACCACAAGUAAAUCAUCUGUUACACAUUUAGAAGUUAUUGGUUAUAAAGGUUAAAUUGCCUGUACAAUAUUGGGUCGAGGUGUUUUGCUGUGGCAGGCGGAGGAAGUCUGUGCUGAAUAUUGUGUUACUGUGUGUGUGUGGGGGUGUUUAUGUGGUUUCGUUGACUUCCCUGUUUUUCACAUCACUUCUUUUGAAGCCUCCAGAGGACCCACAUUUGACUCAGUUUUAAAGGAAACCUUGUGAUGGCUUAACGUCAGUCAGAAUGUUUCAUCCCGCUGAUGACUGUAUUGGUGUCCUCACAUGGUGAUAGCUGCUUCGAGAUAAUCUCACUUUUUUAUGAGUGAAACUAACUCUCACCUAAAGUUGGUUGUUUAGCUUCCUCAUGAUUUAUUCUUCCAACAUGAACUUUGUUUUGGUUUUCCCAGUGGUGCUUGGUUACCUUGCCAGUGGACAGAAUGCCACUCUGGUGGUAAAACAAACCAAUAAUUCAUGUUACAACAAGUGCCCACCUGGAUAUCACAAAGUGAAAGGUGCACAGUGUGAUGAUCCAAGGCAGCACAAAUGUAAACAAUGUGAAAAUAAUUCAUUCACAGAGAUCGAAAACUUCAUAGACAAAUGUAUGAGGUGUGCUACAUGUGGUAAUUAUGAGGUGGAAAUACAUCGCUGCAACUCUACUAAUAACGUGAAAUGCGACUGUCGUGAUAACUACUACAAUGCAGCCAAGAGCCCAAAAGACCUGGCGUGUCAGUCAUGCUUACUAUGUAAAAAAUGUUCAGUGCCUGAAAAUCCUGACUACAUCAGAAAAUGUACCUGCACCAGUGCGUGUCUGAAAGACCCAGAAUGCAAGAAGAAAUGUCCAACAACUACAAUUUCACCUUCAAAAUCUACAGCUACAAGACCCACACCCUUGGAUCCUUCUAUGGAGCCAGUUCCACCAGUGGCCCCUGUCUCCUGGCUUCUCUGUGUGGUUGGUGCAAUAUCUCUGGUGCUCUAUGGGCUCCUGCUGCUUUUCAUUACGAACCUGCUAGGAAAACCAGACAGCUGUCCCUGCUGGAGCCCAAACAAAGACAUAGAGUGCCACGCUGAAGAACAAACCAGUCAUCAAGACAAGAGCCCGACAGCGGUGAUGUUAAACAUAACUGAGGAUUUUCCCAUGUUGGCUCUCAGUCAGAGUCCAUCCACACCAGAACAUCCAGCCCACAACAGACCCCCGCUGCCAAACGCUGAACAUGAAGAUGCCGUACAAGAUGAACAAUCUAAGCACUGGCCGGCCAUUGUCCUCUAUGCAAUUAUCAAGGAGGUGCCCCUACGUAGGUGGAAGGAAUUCUUGCGUCUGCUCUCCAUGGCUGACGAGCAGUUGGAGCGGGUUGAGCUGGAGGUCGGUUUGGGUCUGAGCUCAGUGGAGAUGCAGUACCAGAUGCUGAGGCUGUGGAGCCAGCGCUCUUCAGCAAGCCUGAAUGAUGUCUUCUCUGCUUUGCACUACAUGGAUUUAUCGGGCUGUGCCCAGCUGCUGCAGGAAAGCCUGGAGAAGCUGCAGUCAAGGCCUGAAACCAAGCAAGAAUUUACAGCCUGCAGAAAUUAGACAGACCAUAGUUUCAAAGGGGCAAAGAAGGACACCUGAGGCUGCACCUGGAGACACAAAUAUCACGCUAGCAUACAGUGUCAGACAUGGAUGCCAAGUUCCUAACUGUAGCCACUACAUGAGAUGCAUAAACCACCCCAGACUGAGAAAUAUAGAUGUUCAGUACUAAGAGUUAAAGGCCAUUUCCCAGCAUCUUAUAGGCCCUCUUUUAGUUUUUAGUGGCUAAAUAUAAUCAAAUGCACUCUAUAUGUACAUUUUUAAUAUUUUACCUCAGAUGUACACUUUAAAUGCAGAAUGUGUAUAUAGAAAAUAAUGGGUUUGUUGUUGCAGUGCAGAAUCUACUGCAGGCCUGGAACUUGGAUCAAUAAGUCACUUCCUCAAAUCCAAGUAACAACAACAGCAGUAUUUGUAAGAACGAAAUGCAUGUUUGUUAAUAUUCAGGCAGUUCUCCUUUAACACCUUCAAACAGUAGGCGGAGAUAAUGAAUUCUGAAAAAAAAAUGAAAGGAAAUCCUCUUCCGUGAAACUGUCAAAACAACCUUUCAUAAACCUCCACCGUGUUGUGUGGCUUCUCUUAAAGGUCAACAGGGGUGGGCUGUGGUUUUAGUGCACAGUGUGGAAAAUCAGAUGCAACUCUGUGAUGUGUACCUGAAAGGUGAACAGGGAGAGCUGUACAUUAACACAGGUCUCCUUGUUUAAAAGCAAGGCAUGUGUACAAGGUUAUUUUUACCUCCAGAAAUCAGUGCGUACCUUUUUGUUUUUAAAAAGAAUUUUACAAGUCAAAGUAAACCUUGUCUUCAGUUUGAGUAUUUAAACUGUAUGAACAUUUCAGUUAACAUCUAUGAUGUUUGAGAUUACUUUGUCCUCUGUCAUCUUGUUUGAAAGACUAGUAUCACAACUCAGCCACUGUUUCUUAAUGUUCACCCUCUUGAGGGGAAAAAUCUGAAAUCCCCAUAGGACGUCAGAUUUUCAGUUUCCUUCUACUAAAUGGUGCAAAGGCGCAGUAAGCUGGGUUUUUCCUCACCACUCAUAUUCCAUCCAAACUGAUGGUUUCCUCUCGUGGUGUUAAGGUAUCUCACUUUGAGAAUUUUUGUCAGUUCAAUUACUGAAAGGGAAGAAUUUGGACUUUCCAGAUAAUGGCUUAUUGGCUGUGUGUGUGUGUGUGUGUGUGUGUGUACACUUUUGUAAUUAUUUCCCAUUUUCUAAAACCACUUAUGAAUUCAUGGUUAUUCUCCUCAUUAUCCCACUAAAACUGCCAGGGUUAGGAAUUUUAUCCUCACUGGAGCCACCUGGAUACAAAUGUAAGGUAACAUGGGGUGUGAGAGUCUCAUCGUAUACUAUGUUAUGAACAAAAUUCCUGGCCACUAGAUGGGAGUGUUGGCUGAGUGAAUAGCAGAAGCUGGUGUACAGCUUUGGGACACAUGAAAAAAGACAGUACAGGCAUGUUACUUCAUCUUUUGUUCUUGUGCUUAGAUUAGACUAAUCUUGUGAAUUGCAAAUUCUGCUCCAGCACAAGGAACAGCUGUCCUGCAUUGUCCAUCACUGUAAACUGUUCAGUUGCAGAUUCUUCAUGCUGACCAUCGAUAGGUACAGGCCUCAUUUUAUAGGCUAUAUCCAAUGGAGGACACUAAAAAGCUACAAUUUGAGAAGAUGACGACUCUCCGGCAACAAUUUCAAGCAUGUUAUUAGGCUACAGAUAAUAUAAAUGAGCAUACACACAUU